CAAAAUUUAUUUAUACACGGAUUACAAAAUUAUUUCUUUUUUGCGCCUCAUCACGAUUUUGGUGACUGCUACAAUUUUCUGAGCUAAAUUCAAAUUAAAAUGCGUCUACCUCCUCAAGAAAACCAAGCUGGUAGCUACAGCCAAAGGACCCAGCGUUUGAUACAAGGGUUGCCAGGCUGGUACCGCGGUCUGUCUUUGGCCCAAAUGGAGGCUGCCGACAAGAUGGCCACCGCGCUCAGGGAUGACCUGGAUCAGAACACGGCCACCAGGGUAGUGAAGCUGGUGCAGCAAUUGGGAGUGCACCCUAAAGCCACCUGGGAUAAUGUGGUAACUGCAAUGAAACUGAGUAGGGGCAAUGACCUGGCCUUUCUUUGGUUUCUAAUGGAAUUGUGCUACAAGACACCCAAUCACGGACGCACCUACAGUGUGAACGAGCAGAUCAUAUUGUCGGCUAUAUUUUGGAUCGACCUAUUUCCCACCCUGAAGGAACUGGAUCGCUGGCUGCCCUUGCCGCAUGCCUCGCAGGCUGAGCGAGAUCGCCUUGAGGCACGACGACAGAAACGCUUAAAUUUAAGAAAAAAGCGGGAGCAAGAGCUGGCCAAGAAGGGAAACCCAUCAAAACUUGCUCCCUAUUUCGAGGAGCCUUUCCAAAGAAAAAGGCCAGUCCGCAAGUUGCUGUCCGACUAUCCAGAUCGUCCUGCUUUUCUCUACCAAAUGCCCGAUGAGGAGAAAAUGUCGCCCCUCUGGACGCGCUGGUUUGGGGACUACGAACUGAGUGAUGCACGCCGAGUGGCACGGACGGUUAUAAAUGAGGAAAUCAACACUAUGUUCUAUAACUUUAAGGAAAUAUUCCCACUCAGCGGUGCUCAUAGUGUGGCAAGAUCGAUUGUAAAUGAAGAAAUCAGCAACAUCUUUGAGACCUUCCAGGCCGCUUCUUUGCCACCCAGUGAUGUGGAGUCCUUGUGUGCCCACCAUCGCUAUUUGCGCGAAAUGGAGAAGUCGCUAAAGGAUCAGUUGGAGGUUCUGAAACGCAGAAAGUACGAGGAGCUAAUCGAGGGAAAAUCGAAAGCCGAGGAGCGAAGAAAAAAGCUGGUAAUACAAGAGCUGGAGGAGAUGAGUGCCAGUUAUUUGAAACGAUUCCAAGAAAUGGCAGCCCGCACUCGAUUGGCCUCCACAAGAACCAAACUCUUUGGAGGCGGUGAUGUCCAGGGCUAUACGUUCGGGUGUCCUAAAGUUGACAAGUGCGUUGAAAAGACGGAAGACUGCUGUCAACCCUGUGAGAAGAUCGUUACUAAAAAAACGGUCUGUAAAAAAUUGGAGCCUGUUGAAAAAUUCCAGAUCAAGGUGCGCAAACCGCAAAGCAGUCUGAGGCUUAAGGGCGGAGUUGUUUCAAAAUCCAAAAGAAAAAAGCUAAGCAAGAAAAAACGAUCUCGUUCCAAAGCCAAAAAGCGUGGAAGUAAUACAAAAUCUGUCGAUUUCGAUGUAGUUUCUACACUAGAACCACAAAAGCCCAAAAGUACAACCGAUAUAGAGGUAAAGCUUUUAAAGGGUGAAAGACCCAUUGUGCCAGGAUGUCCUGACUUUCGACCCGAAAUCGCCGAUGCUGCCAAGGUACAGACAUACGAUCCCUAUGUCGGUUUGCCUCAGCGGAAAGCACAACACCUGAAACAGCGUCCCAGCAGCUUGAUGCAGUUCCUCAAUCGAUGCGGAAGUGAACAGGACGAGGAGAAGGAGCCACAGAAUGGCACUCCUUCUGCUCGAGCUGCUCAAUCCCGCAAGAUUUUCGAACUGGGACCCGGAGGUACAAAUGUCGUCAAGUUUAACUACCGGGAGAUUUUCGGGUCCUUGCAAACGACUCGUUUGGACGAUGAGAGGAUGCGUCUGAAGGAGGCGUUUGUGAGGGCCAUCGAUGACGAUGUGCAGUAUCUGAGUGCAGCACUGACUGGCGAGGAGGAGGGCUCCAUUAACGCCAUGGUGGACAGAGCUGCCAAGCGGGUUUUUCAAGAUGAUGUGAAAACAUUCCACCAGGAGCUGGAGAGACUAAGACUAAAAAAAGAAGCGGAGAUGGCGAAAAAAAAAGACAUCCGCUUGGACUUUGGCCAGAAGUACUACGAUCCCGAAAACCUGCCCCUAAUGAAGGAGAUGCUGCGGCUUGGUCUAGAGAAAGUGGGCGAAGACAAGCGUUUCGUUCUGCCCACGUUACCCAAUGUCCAUAUGGUGCCAUACCUACUCGAAUGGAUCUGCUUUCGCUACGGAAAACUCUACUCCCAAGAAGCCAGGGAGAAGAGUUAUUCUGAAGACAAGCCGGUCAUAGAGCACAUGGUCCGAAUAAUGAGACAAAGCUUAGUGAAGCUGCCUCCGCGCCGGGAGGCCGAAAAGAAUGAAAACGACCCCAGGAUGAUUCGGAAGAUGGCCCAUUGCCGCAAGGAGCAGCAAAAUAAAAAGUUCCUGGACUCCAUAAUGCGAAUCAGCCGAGUAUUCUAUACCGCCAUGAGGCCUCAGCUCUGCAGUUCAGCCACGGAGUCCACUUUUUACGCCUACAUGCCCGCACACAUUUACGACCUUGGAUACAGCAUCAAUAGAAACAAUAUUAUCUGA